AUGAUUUCCCGUGUCGGUUUAUUAAACAAACAAACUAUAAAUUUAGUUGUCAAAAACACCAUCAACGUCACUAGAGCAAGAACCACUGCCCUUCAUGGUACUGCAGCUGCCAACUCCUUGCUUUUGAAAAGACUUGUAUCAACUGUUUCCUCCACACCAGAACAAGAACAAGAGGUACUUGUGGCACAACGUAAAAACAGACCUGUGUCACCACAUUUAGAUAUUUAUCAACCACAGUUAACGUGGUUAUUGUCCGGGUUACAUAGAAUCACCGGUGUUGCUAUGGCUGGUGCUUUUUAUGCAUUAACUUGUACAUAUGCUGCCACCUCACUCUUGAACAUUCCAUUUGAUGCUGCCACUUUAGUCAAUGCUUUUGCAAGCUUGCCAGUUUACUUACAAUAUGGUAUUAAGGCUGCUGCUGCUUUCCCAUUUGCUUUCCACUCAUUUAAUGGUGUAAGACAUCUUAUUUGGGAUCUUGGUAAAGAGUUGACCAUUAAAGGGGUCUAUCGUACUGGAUACAUUGUUUUAGGGGCUACAGCUGUUUUCGGAUCAUAUUUAGCCUUUUUCUGGUAA